AUGUCUAUGAACUUCGUGACCUUCAAUCAGGACUACAGCCACUUGGCUGUGGGAACCUCGAGAGGAUUCCGAAUAUACACUACAGACCCAUUUGAGAAUGUCUUCGAGACAAAGCUGGGUGACAUCGCGUUACUGGAGAUGCUCUUUUCAACAUCGUUAGUUGCCCUUAUACUUUCACCACGAAGACUGCAGAUCACAAAUACCAAAAGGCAGUCGACAAUAUGCGAGCUCACUUUCCCCACCACAGUGUUGGCUGUACGAAUGAAUAGGAAGCGGCUGGUGGUCAUAUUAGAAGACCAAAUAUAUCUAUACGACAUAAGCAACAUGAAGCUGCUGUACACAAUUGAGACUUCUCCAAACCCAAACGCUAUAUGCGCUCUGUCACCUUCCUCGGAUAACUGCUACCUAGCCUACCCUCUCCCACAGAAAGCAGCGCCCUCAUCCUUUGCUCCUCCGUCCCAUGCGCCACCAGGCGCUACACACAUUGCUCCUACCAGUGGGGACGUCCUCUUGUUCGACACCCUAAAGCUCGAAGCGAUCAAUGUGGUAGAAGCACAUCGCUCACCUCUAUCAUUCAUCACUGUGAAUGACGCCGGCACCCUUCUCGCAACAGCCUCUGACAAAGGAACUAUCAUCCGAGUCUUCUCCAUUCCUUCCGCGCGCAAGCUUUACCAAUUCCGCCGCGGCUCCAUGCCCUCUCGCAUCUAUAGUAUGUCUUUCAAUACUACCUCUUCCCUCCUAUGCGUAUCCUCCGCCACCGACACAGUGCACAUCUUCAAGCUAGGAGCGCCUCCGCAACGCCGCAACGGAGACGAGUCGUCGAUGCUCUCUACUUCGCCAAGCCAACGCGAACGAAGCAUCAGUCCAGGUGGCAGUGACUCUCAACUUGAUCUCACGCGGUCUGCAAGCAAUGCCUCUGAUUCAGUCUCCACGAAGGGAAGAAACCACAAUGGAUCAUUGCUAGGCAUGAUCAGGCGGACAUCCCAAAAUGUCGGUACAACUUUUGCAGCCUCCAUGGGCGCAUAUCUCCCAUCCGCCGUAUCAGAGAUGUGGGAACCGGCUCGAGACUUCGCUUGGUUGAAGAUACCCAAAGCUCCACCAGCAGCACAAGGUGGGGUUCUUUCCUCGAGUGCUCCACUACGGAGUGUCGUCGCCAUGAGUAGCAACAGUCCACAAGUCAUGGUCGUCACAAAUGAAGGGCACUUCUAUGUAUUCGGCAUUGAUUUGGAAAAGGGAGGGGAAGGGACUUUGGUCAAGGUGUAUGAGAUUGGGGGCGAGAGCGAGCGACUGGGGGCUAGCGUCAUGGAUGAUUGA